GUUUAGGCUCAAGCCUGCAGUAUACGCCAAGGCCAGGAAACCCAGGCACUCCACACUCAGCCUUGUCCAGUCCUGGUCAACAAGCACAAGAAAUGAACAUCCCCAAUGAUCUCAUUGGCUGCAUUAUCGGCAGAGGGGGUCAGAAGAUUAAUGAGAUCAGACAAGUUUCUGGAGCAACGAUUAAAAUCUCAAAUGCAGAAAAUGGCUUGUCAGACCGCAAGGUGACAAUCACAGGAUCUCCGGAGUGUAUUGGACUUGCCCAGUACCUAAUCAGCUCUAGGUUG